AUGGUCGAGUCCACCGGAUUUCCAGCGAUUGAGGACGAAAGAACGCGUGCGCUUCACGCGUAUCGCCGAAAACUCGCCGAAUGCCGCGAUAUCGAGCAAAAAUUGAAAGAGCUUCGCAAACGAGAGGCCGAAAUGCAGAAGUCGUUCGACAAAUCCGAGAACGACAUCAAAUCGCUUCAAUCGGUCGGCCAGAUAGUCGGCGAGGUGCUCAAACAGCUCACCGAGGAGAAGUUCAUCGUGAAAGCCACCAAUGGCCCGAGAUACGUCGUCGGUUGUCGGCGUUCGAUCAACAAGGAGGAGUUGAAGCAAGGCACUCGCGUUUCUCUUGACAUGACAACUUUGACAAUUAUGCGUCAACUGCCUCGCGAAGUCGACCCAUUGGUCUACAAAAUGUCGCACGAGGAUCCUGGAAACAUCACCUAUGCCGACGUCGGAGGACUCGCCGAGCAGAUUCGCGAGCUUCGCGAGGUCGUCGAGCUGCCAUUAAUCAAUCCCGAGUUGUUCAAGCGCGUCGGAAUCACACCGCCGAAAGGCUGCUUGCUGUUCGGACCACCGGGAACCGGCAAAACGCUGUUGGCUCGCGCUGUCGCCUCGCAAUUGGAUUGCAAUUUCCUCAAGGUUGUCUCAUCGGCGAUCGUCGACAAAUAUAUUGGAGAAUCGGCGAGAAUGAUUCGCGAGAUGUUCAAUUAUGCUAGGGACCAUCAGCCGUGCAUCGUGUUCAUGGAUGAGAUCGACGCGAUCGGUGGAAGGAGAUUCUCUGAGGGAACGUCGGCGGAUCGAGAGAUUCAAAGAACCUUGAUGGAGCUUCUCAAUCAGCUCGAUGGCUUCGAUUCUCUUGGAAAAGUCAAGGUAAUUAUGGCGACCAAUCGUCCCGAUACAUUAGAUCCCGCCCUGUUGCGUCCAGGACGUUUGGAUCGAAAAAUCGAGAUCGGCCUUCCCAACGAGCAAUCGAGAUUGGAGAUUCUGAAAAUCCAUUCGAAUAAGAUCACAAAGCAUGGAGAGAUUGAUUUCGAGGCGGUGGUGAAGCUCUCCGACGGCUUCUCCGCGGCCGAUUUGAGAAAUGUGUGCACUGAAGCUGGAAUGUUCGCGAUUCGCGCUGAACGCGAAUAUGUGAUUGAUGAGGAUUUCAUGAAGGCGGUGAGAAAAGUUGGAGAUGCGAAGCGUCUUGAGACGAAACUUGACUACAAGCCCGUAUAA